AUGGCUGACAUUAAGGUUGAUGUCUUGGUUAUCGGCGCUGGCCCGACCGGUCUUGGUGCUGCGAAGCGCCUGAACCAGAUUAACGGCCCCUCAUGGCUGCUUGUUGACUCCGCCGAGAAGGCCGGUGGUCUUGCCGGCACCGACACUACUCCCGAGGGCUUCCUCUACGAUGUCGGCGGCCACGUCAUCUUCUCCCACUACAAAUACUUCGACGACUGCAUCGAGGAGGCGCUCCCCAAGGAGGAUGACUGGUUCACGCAUCAGCGCAUCUCCUACGUCCGCUACAAGGGCCUCUGGGUCCCCUACCCCUUCCAGAACAACAUCUCCAUGUUGCCCAAGGAGGACCAGGUCAAGUGCAUGAACGGCCUCAUCGACGCUGCCCUCGAGUGCCGCGUCGCCAACACCAAGCCCAAGGACUUCGACGAGUGGAUUCUGCGUAACUGUGGUGAGGGUGUUGCCGACAUCUUCAUGCGCCCUUACAACUACAAGGUUUGGGCUGUCCCCACGACCAAGAUGCAGUGCCAGUGGCUCGGAGAGCGUGUCGCCGCACCCAACCUGAAGCUCGUCACCGAGAACGUCGUUUUGAACAAGGUCGCUGGUAACUGGGGCCCCAAUGCCACCUUCAAGUUCCCCGCCCGCGACGGAACCGGUGGUAUUUGGAUCGCCGUCGCCAACACCCUCCCCAAGGAGAAGACGCGCUACGGCCAAAAGGGCACCGUCGAGAAGGUUGACGCCGACAAAAAGGUCGUCACCCUCGCCGACGGUACCACCGUCCAGUACGGCAAGCUCAUCUCGACGAUGAAUGUCGACCAGCUCGUCGAGCGCAUGGGCAACCAAGAGCUCGUCAGUCUGUCCAAGGGCCUGUUCUACUCGUCGACCCAUGUCAUCGGUGUCGGUAUCCGCGGCGAGCGCCCUGAGCGCAUCGGUGACAAGUGCUGGCUGUACUUCCCGGAGGACAACUGCCCCUUCUACCGCGCUACCAUCUUCUCCAACUACUCCCCUCACAACCAGCCCGAGGCCGGCAAGAAGCUGCCAACACUGUACUUGGCCAAUGGCCAGAAGGCCGCGUCGACCGAGGCCCAGGAGGGCCCUUACUGGUCCAUCAUGCUCGAGGUCUCCGAGUCCUCGAUGAAGCCUGUUGAUCAGGAGAAGAUCCUUGAGCAGUGUAUUCAAGGCCUCAUCAACACCGAGAUGAUCAAGCCCGAGGACGAGAUCGUCUCCACCUACCACCGCCGCUUCAACCACGGCUACCCGACUCCCUCGCUCGAGAGAGAGGGUGUCCUCAAGGACCUCCUCCCCAAGCUUCUUGACCAGGGCAUCUACUCCCGCGGCCGCUUUGGCAGCUGGAGAUACGAGGUUGGCAACCAGGACCACUCGUUCAUGCUCGGUGUCGAGGCUGCGGACAACAUUGUCAACGGCGCCGUCGAGCUCACGCUCAACUACCCCGACUUCGUCAACAGCCGCAAGAACGAGGAGCGCCGCCUGGCCCAGACAUUUGCCUUUGGUGCCCUGCCCUCGCACAGCAAGUAA